AUGUCCGCCCAAGACUACUACUCCAGCGCCUCCGGAGGCAGCAGCGGCGGCGGAUAUCCUCCCCAGCAGCAAUACGGCCAGCAGCAGCCCCAAUACGGCGGAUAUCCCCAGCAGCAAGGCUACGCCCAACAGCAGCACCAAUACACCCAACCGCAGCAAUACGCCCAAUACCCCCCUCACCCACAACAACAACAACAGCCCCAAUACCACGACGACCGCAGCACAUCCCCCUACGCCCAGCCGCAAUACAGCCAGCCCACAUCCCCAUACCCCCCUCAGCACCAACAGUACUCCCCUCCUCCUCCUCAGCAGUACCAGCAGCAGCAGCAAUACGGCCAAACGCAGCCCGGCUAUCCCGACCACCAGUAUAAUACCGCCGGCGGAAACGUGGCCCCCGGAGCCGAAGAAAUUGGCCCGGACGGCGAGCGCGGCCUCGGCGCCACCCUGAUUGGCGGCGGCGCGGCGGCCUUUGCGGCGAAGAAGGCCGGCGGAGGAUUGCUGGGCAGCUUGGGCGCUGCGGCGGCGGGAGCGAUUGGGGCGAAUCUCAUUGAGAAUGUUUACAAGAAGCACAAGGAGGAAAAGGAGAUGGAAAAGAUGUACAGCAACGGCGGCGGACACCACGGCCAUCAUCAGCACCACGGGCAUCAUCACCAUCAUAACUAG